AGGGAUGAAAAGUGGUCGUGUUUAACUCUCUCUCUCUCACGCCCAUACAGAAACCUUGUCUGUAGUUUUGUUUUCUAGUAAUUCUUGAAACUCUCUCAUUAUCUAUAUUUUACUCUUUCUUGUUGUUUCCUUCCCCAUUUUUUGAUACCCUUCUUCUUCACCUCCUCUUUUUCCCUUUCUUCUUUCUUUUCAACUUUUCUUGAACCCCUUUUUCUGCUUGAAACCAAGAAAACUUUUGUGAACUUUAGCAUAAGGGUUUCUGUAGAAGCUGAAAUAUCAAGAAAAUGAGUGCUUCAAAGUUCAUUAAAUGUGUGACUGUAGGAGAUGGAGCUGUGGGCAAAACUUGCAUGCUCAUUUGUUACACCAGUAACAAGUUCCCAACUGAUUAUAUUCCAACAGUGUUUGACAAUUUUAGUGCUAAUGUGGCUGUAGAUGGCAGUAUUGUCAACUUAGGACUAUGGGAUACUGCAGGUCAGGAAGAUUAUAGCAGGUUAAGGCCACUGAGUUACAGAGGUGCUGACAUAUUUGUUUUGGCUUUCUCUUUAAUCAGUAGGGCCAGCUAUGAAAAUGUCCUCAAGAAGUGGAUGCCUGAACUUCGUCGCUUUGCGCCUAAUGUUCCAGUUGUGCUUGUUGGAACGAAGUUAGAUCUCCGUGAAGACAGGGGAUAUCUAGUGGAUCAUAUGGGAUCUAACGUCAUUACAACGGCCCAGGGGGAGGAGCUGAGGAAACAAAUCGGUGCAGCAGCUUAUAUAGAAUGCAGCUCGAAGACUCAGCAGAAUGUGAAAGCUGUUUUCGAUACUGCAAUAAAGGUUGUGAUUCAACCUCCUAGAAGAAAGGAAAUUCCAAGAAAGAAGAGACAUAGGAGCACUGGUUGCUCAAUUGUCAGGGGUAUAGUCUGUGGAGGCUGUGUUGCUUAGCAAAUGUUGACAUUGUAAUCCAUAAUCACUGCGGGCAAAGUGAACUUAUGCUGAUGGAUCUCUAACAUGACAAGUUUUCCCCGUCCCUUUGUAUGCGCAUAUUAAUUACUUCGAUAAAUGGUGUAUGUAGCGAUAUGGUUUUGAUGCUGUUAUUUUUCCUACAACCUGAUCGGUGAAUGGCAGCGAGAAUCGAUCAUUCUCUCCAGCCUUGUAACUCUGUCUUUUGACUUCUGUUGUGUUGUGAUGAUGAGAUUACUUAUAUAUUUGAAUGAUAUUUAUUAUUUGUUGUCCA